AUGGGCUAUGUAGAGGCUGGGGGCUGUGUAGAGGCUGGGGGGCUGUGUAGAGGCUGGGGCUGUGUAGAGGCGGGGGCAGGUGGUCCUGAAGAUGAUCAACAUUACCAGGAGGAGGGUCAGGGCAGUGAGGUGGUUCAGGGUGUACUACUGGGCCUGGUAGUGGAGGACAGGUUAGAGAUCACCAACUGUUUCCCCUUCCCUCAACACACCGAGGACGACGCCGACUUUGAUGAAGUCCAGUAUCAGAUGGAGAUGAUGCGGUCUCUCCGUCAUGUCAACAUUGACCAUCUUCAUGUGGGCUGGUACCAAUCAACCUAUUAUGGAUCAUUUGUCAGCCGGGCCCUGCUGGACUCUCAGUUCAGUUACCAGCACGCCAUCGAGGAGUCUGUCGUGCUCAUCUACGGUAAGUCAUCCGUCUGAGACGCGCACACACAC